ACUAGUACGUAGCCACAUAUCACACAUCAUUGUACAUGUCCAGUAGUCGUUGACGGUAGUGUAUACGUUCCUGCUGCUUUGUCGAUGUUAUCAAAUGACGGUAUGUAUUUACUCUUACCUCUAGAUGUACCAGAUAGAACCACCCUUCUCGAUGCCGGGUCGUUUAUGUAGGUAAAUAUAUAUAUCCCCUUACCCAGCUUCUCGAAAAUGGACUUGAUUUUUCCUCCUUAGUCAACGCAUCGGCUACUCAACAGGACCUCGAGUAUCCUUCGUCUUAAGGAGUAAAAUCUGCAAGACAUUCAACAGAACAAUAACAACAACAACCGCCUUGGCUGGUCCUUUUUAAGCCCACAGUUACCUAUUUGCUUUUAUAUCGCGUGUAGAGUUCGAUCAUUACAUUUUCUCUUUUUUUACCAUGUCUUUGGAACCGCAACAGCCUACCUUCCACCGCGGCAGCUUUGUCGACGAGAUCGAGACAGCCCGAACCGAUCUUGCCCGCAAGCUGCUCGUCGGUUCUCCGGCUGCCAGCCCGUCCGACUCGGAGACGGCCCCGUCGCUGAGCCCGGCCGCUAGCGCCACGUCUUCAGCCCCGGAAUCGGACGCGGCUAUCUCUCCUAUCUCUCCUCCCAUCGACCAAGAGCUCGUUGCCGACAGCUUCGCCUUCGCCUUCGACAUCGACGGCGUCCUAGUCCGAGGUGGCCGUCCCAUCCCCGAAGCCGUCCAGGCCAUGAAAGUUCUGAACGGCAAUAACAAAUAUGGAAUCAAGAUUCCGUAUAUCUUUUUGACCAACGGCGGCGGUAAAACCGAGGCGGAGCGUUGCGGCGAUCUCUCCAGCCAGCUGGACAUCGAGAUCUCCCCGGCUCAGUUUAUCUGUGGGCACACGCCCAUGUCCGAGAUGGCCAACAAGUACAACACGGUCCUGGUUGUAGGCGGCGAAGGCGAGAAGUGCCGUACCGUCGCUCAAGGCUACGGCUUUAAGGAUGUCGUCACCCCCGGCGACAUCAUCAAGGCCGAUGCUGCUACGACGCCGUUCCGCAAACUGACACCUGAGGAGCAUCGAAACUCGAAGGAGCGUGACUUUAACAAAGUUACUAUCGAAGCCAUCUUCGUCUUUGCCGAUUCGCGUGAUUGGGCGGGAGACCUGCAGAUCAUCUUAGACCUGGCCAUGUCCAAGGGUGGUCGCAUCGGAACUCUAUCCGAGACCUUUGACGAGGGCCCGCCGAUCUACUUCUCUCACAACGACGUGGUCUGGUCUGCCGCACACGACAACGUCCGCCUCGGCAUGGGCGCCUUACGGGGUAUCGUCGAAUACACGUUCAAGGAGGUCACCAAGGGUAAGACAUUGGAGACUCACGCCUUCGGCAAGCCUCAGAUCGGAACGUUCGAGUUCGCCACACGCCUGCUGAAGCGAUGGCGCAUGAACGAGCAUGGUCUAAACAAGCCCCCGGAGACUGUCUACUUUGUCGGCGAUACUCCCGAGAGCGAUAUCCGAGGAACCAACCAAUACAACGAGAAGGCCGAGAACGACUGGUACAGUAUCCUGGUCAAGACUGGUGUCUAUCAGGAUGGCACCGAACCGGCCUACAAGCCUCGCGUCACCGUGAAUACAGUUCUAGAUGCUGUGAACCACGGAAUCGAGCGCGAGAUAGAGCGCAGGAAGAAGAACCAGACGCGGAAGCCCCGUCUUUCCGAUAUGCCCAAGCUGAGCUUGGAAGAAGCUCAAGACUGCGCCGUAUUCAGCCCUGCUGAGGAGCGCCACCUUGAGCUUACUGCAUGAUGUUACGAAUAUCACGAACCCGGGUUUACUUUUUAGAGGCAACAUUUUCACGAUACCAUUGUUCAUUACAUUUACUCUUGUCUUUCUGUUCUACUAUUCUAUUUAUCACCAUAUACUCUUCGCGCAUGGAAUCAUGCUGUAGAAAGGGGCAUUCGUUCGGGUAUCACUAGGGAUAUCAUUAUUGGGGUCAGACGGAGCUUGUGUCUAUCUGAAUACUGUUGGAUAUAAUGUGCAUUAGGUGGCGUUAUUGAUAUAAAACUGAAAUAUCAGGUUCUCUUAAUGAAGCAUAUUUUAUAAUUUCACUGCCAUUUUGUGGCCCAACUGUGCGAUGUGACUGUAUGGUAAGGCGGUUUCCACGUUACAUCUACUACUUCGGCAUCUUAACCCGGCAAAAAUUCUCAGCUUUGGAGCGAAGAACGCUUCUGAUGUUGCAUUGAUGAACCUCUGGGAUAUCUCAGCUCUUACUAUUGCUUUGCUAAUAAGCUGGUAAGCAUCG